UCUUUCUGCACUACCUUAAUCACUACUUUCGUCCAUGAAUCAUGAUCAAUUAAAAUAUAAUUAUAAGUUUAAAACCUGGAACCCAUUAUGAUUUAUAGCUUAGAAAUUCCAUUGCAAGUGGCUUCCACUCACUAUCACAAUUUUAUAGCCACUGCUAUUGUUUUCAAUUCCUAUGUGGUCAAUCACCCAUAUGGUAUAUAUGCUUUCCUUUACUUUGUCUUAGAAAGCAGUAAUUUGUUGUUUGUCUUCAUUAUAUAUUUUUUGGCUGUUCCAUUGUUGCUGAUAAACAACUGACAAAAGCAGAAAGAGAAACAGUAACACUUGCGGGAAUCCAACAUCAAAACCAAGUUAUACCUUUUCUCUAUCUUGAAGUAUUCGUAUUCCCAUUUGCUGCCUAUUUAUUGUUUCCUUAUCAUGUCCUUUUUGAGUUCUUUGUAUUAGCGGUUCUUGCCAAUGCUUUUAGGAAGAUUGGUGGUCUGUCCACAGCCACGUUUUCUGAAUUCGACCACCAUGUCUUUGCUUUGAGCUUGUGAAGAGGCUUUGAAGCCUGAUGUUGUGAAUGUUGGAGCUAUAUUCUCAUUUAACACUAUUAAUGGGAAAGUUGCAAAGGUUGCAAUGAAGGCUGCUGAGUAUGAUAUUAACUCUGAUCCAAGUAUUCUUGGGGGAAGAAAAUUGACUAUAGCCCUGCAUGAUUCUAACUUCAGCUCAUUUCUUGGCAUGAUUGGAGCAUUGCAGUUUAUGGAGACUGAUACUGUAGCAAUAAUUGGUCCACAAACUUCAGUGAUGGCCCACGUUCUAUCACAUCUUGCAAAUGAACUCCAUGUUCCACUAUUGUCAUUCACGGCUCUAGAUCCCAGCCUGUCACCUCUCCAGUACCCUUUCUUUGUUCAAACAGCACCUAAUGACGAAUUCCAGAUGAUUGCCAUUGCUGAGAUGGUUAGUUAUUUUGGUUGGACUGAAGUAAUUGUGGUUUUUAGUGAUGAUGAUCAGAGCCGAAAUGGUAUAAUCUCAUUAGGCGAUAAACUUUCAGAGAGACGUUGCAGAAUUUCUUAUAAAGCUGCACUUCCGCCAGACCCAACGGCCAAAAGAAGUGAUGUUGUGAGAGAAUUAGUUAAGAUUCAAAUGAUGGAAUCUCGAAUAAUUUUUCUGCACACUUUCUCAAAAGCAGGUCUCUUGGUCUUUGAAGUGGCCAAGAGCCUUGGAAUGAUGGACAAAGAAUAUGUUUGGAUAGCUUCUACUUGGCUGUCCACUGUUCUAGAUUCAACUUCUCCACUUAUAUCGGAGACAGCAAACUCAAUCCGAGGAGCACUGACACUUCGCCCCCAUACACCUGACUCGAAAAGGAAGAGGGAUUUUAUGUCAGGUUGGAACCAGCUGAGUAAGGGUUCUAUUGGAUUUAACCCGUAUGGUCUAUAUGCCUAUGACACUGUUUGGAUGAUUGCUCAUGCAGUGAAGUUGUUACUAGAUCAGGGCGGCACCAUUUCAUUUUCUAAUGAUACAAGAUUAAAUGGUCUUGGUGGGAGGACUCUAAAUCUUUCAGCAUUAAGUAUAUUUGACGGAGGAAAUCAGUUGCUUAAGAACAUAUUGGAGACAAAUAUGACAGGACUGACAGGCCCUGUCCAGUUUAAUCAAGACAGAUCCCUGAUAAAUCCUUCAUAUGACAUUAUUAAUGCCAUUGAAACUGGGUAUCGACAGAUUGGAUACUGGUCUAACUACUCCGGUCUGUCCAUUGUGCCACCAGAGACACUUUAUGCAAAAAAGCCUAAUCGUUCUAGUUCAAACCAACAGUUAGACAGUGUGGUAUGGCCUGGAGGAGAAACAACAAAACCUCGUGGGUGGGUUUUUCCAAACAAUGGAAGAGAAAUAAGAAUUGGAAUUCCAAGGCGAGUUAGUUAUCGAGACUUUGUCUUGCUAGUCAAUGGCACGGACACAGUGCAAGGAUAUUGCAUAGACCUAUUCAUCGCUGCAAUUAGAUUGCUGCCAUAUGCUGUUCCAUACAGAUUCAUUCCAUUUGGAGACGGCCAUGAGAACCCAAGCUAUUAUGAGCUUGUCAGUCAAAUCAAUUCUGGUGUCUUUGAUGGCGUGGUAGGUGACAUUGCCAUUGUGACAAACCGAACAAAAAUAGUAGAUUUUACUCAGCCUUAUAUAGAAUCAGGGCUGGUUGUGGUAGCUCCAGUAAAAAAGAUAAGUUCAAGGCCUUGGUCCUUCUCACGGCCAUUUACUCCAUUAAUGUGGGCAGUCACAGCAGCAUUUUUCCUCAUUGUGGGAUCAGUUGUGUGGAUCCUUGAGCAUAGAAUAAAUGAUGAAUUCCGGGGCCCUCCUAAGCAGCAAAUUGUCACAAUUUUUUGGUUCAGCUUCUCUACAAUGUUUUUUGCCCAUAGAGAAAAUACAAUGAGCGCGCUUGGACGCCUUGUACUGAUUGUAUGGCUUUUUGUAGUUCUGAUAAUCAACUCAAGCUACACUGCGAGCCUGACAUCAAUCCUCACAGUGCAACAGUUAUCAUCACCCAUCAAAGGAAUUGAGACCUUAAUUACUAGCAAUCUACCAAUAGGCUUCCAAGUAGGGUCUUUUGCUGAAGGCUAUUUAAUUGAGGAACUGAAUAUUCCAAAAUCUAGACUUGUUCCACUUGGCUCACCAGAAGAAUAUGCCCUUGCCCUUGAGAGGAAAAAGGUAGCUGCAGUAAUUGAUGAGCGACCAUAUGUGGACCUCUUCCUCUCAGAUCACUGUGAAUUCUCAAUUAGAGGCCAGGAGUUUACCAAAAGGGGAUGGGGAUUUGCAUUUCCUAGAGACUCUCCGUUAGCCAUUGACAUUUCUACUGCCAUUCUUGCUCUAUCCGAGAAUGGUGAGCUUCAGAAGAUUCAUGACAAAUGGCUGUCAAGAAGAGCUUGUAGUUCUGAGAGCUCUGAGGCUGAAAUAGAACAGCUUGACCUACAAAGCUUCUGGGGGCUAUUCCUUAUAUGUGGAAUUGUAUGUAUUCUUGCUCUCCUUGUGUACUUCUGGUCGAUUUUUCGCCAGUUCAGCCGUUACCGUCCUGAGGAACCCAAUUCUACCAGCACUGCUGGCUCCCGUUCUGCACGUCUUCAAACAUUUCUGUCAUUUGUCGAUGGAAAGGUACAGGAAUCUAAAAGCAGCUCAAAAAGAAAACGUGAGAGUAUGCCCUCAAAUGAUCAUCACAAAGAGGAUGAAUCAACAUUUAGAUCUGAGAGGAUAGGAAGGGACAUUUCCCAUGAAAGUUAGAAUGGUGAUACUUGGCUUAUCAAAUAAUCUGGUCAGUUCCAAUUGUAUACUACUCACACAUAUCACUUCAUCCUUCAGUUCAAAAGAAUCCGAUUUUUCUGUUUUAGGUAGAAAAAAUUUCCCCUUUUGUCUGCUCUACCAGUUCUCCUGUGGUAUCUGCUGAUUCAAUCAUCUAUACAGAGGCAUUAACUUAAAAAUGUAACAAUGUGAUUAUGAUUCUUAAGGAAUUGAUUAGUGCAGUUCUCUCUUCAGAUGUUACUGAAUGUUAUUCCCUUUGCCGCCGAGCCUGUUGUCCCUUUUGAUACUUGUGUUGGCCAUUUUGGUAGUAGAAUCAAACACUAUAAAAGGAAAAUGCUGGAAACCUUUUCAAGUGUCUGAUAUGAUAGCAAAGAGGAGGGGAAAUCAGCUGCUUAUACCACAAAAAGUAGCAGUAAAUGAGAUACAGGAAAAGAUAUAAAUGAUAAUCCUCCAAUGCCAAACUUCAAUCUCCUUUGCAAAGGUUGUCUUCAAGAAUAUAACCCAAUUUGCAAUCGUGUUUACUUGAAUUACAAUAUUCUGAAUAUAUGAGAAGAUUUACACUAGUAGCAGUAGUAGUAGUGGUGGUGAUGGUGGAAUAUUAACCCCACCACUGCUAUUGCCAUUAUUCUCCUCUCUCUCUUUCACUAAAACCAUGAUUUCCCAAAUUUUCAUCACUGUCCGGAUGGCAAUGUGCUAUCCCCUCUAAAACCCAUUAACUUCCCUCCAUCCACAUCUAAAAGAGUUCCCAUUUUUAGAUGCAAAGCCUUUCU